GACGAACUAGAGAAGAGUGUGUGGGUUAGCCUCGAGCGAAGAACCGGUCUUCAGGUGGUUCAUGCAACCUGCCUAUAGCCGGUAACCGGAGGGAAGCCAACGGUAUUUGUAUAAGAACUGGGGUUUAAGCUAAAGGGUGGGUGGUUUUGGAGGGUUUAUACCAUCUGUGAGAUUGUGAGGAGAGAGAAAGACAUAGAAGGCAUUUGAAACAGUGUGUUUGUUCGCCGAGAACAUUAGAGAAUGGGAUGUUUCGAGAGGCAGAAACGUAGAUUAUUAGGCGAACCGAGAAGAGUCUCGUGAUCGCUCGGAAUUCUUGUUCGGAUGGGAUCUGUUCUUUGAAUUUUCCGACAACUCUCCGAUCUUAGCUCCACCUGGGAAUUCUGUAUGAAUUGUCGGUGAAGUUCAUUUUCUGAGAAAGAAUUUGGAUUGUGAAAGAAACUUCGUGAGUACCGGCCCGAAGAGGUGAGAAGGUCGAAUUUCUUGGUUUAUGUUUCGGAAAAUUACGUGUUUUUUGGCCUUAAACAGUGAGGCUGGUUGCCGGAAACCGAAGGAAAAGGAGAAAUUUUCGAACCCAAUUACAUGCGAGGUCAAUAACUUAAUUGGCAUCUCUUGGCCAGAUUCUUGGGCGUUCCGUAUGAUUCUCUCCAGCCAAAGGCAGCAUUAUUUUUGCUUAAUGUCUUGCUGUUGUGCGAUAGUUUCCAUCUGAAUUUUAACUCAUUUGAUUGCACCCUUUUUGCUCUGGACUUGUAUUUCCCAUCUUGAAUUCCUUUUCCAGUGGGUUUGAUGUGCAGUGUGGUUUGAAGGUUUUCAAGAUCAGGGAGAUGUUUGAGAUCCAUUCUUACCUGGCUUGACCUGCUCUUCUUGGUUUUUACAUUCGUCUUCUGUAUUGUUUCUGACGCCAAUCUUUUUGGUCCUCUCUAUAAGGGUUUUAUGAGGGUUUAUGAAUAGUCCCCCUCCUGCCCGUUCUCUGAUCACGUUAUCUUUGACUAAUUUUUGGAGUUUCUAUUGGUCAUGUUUUAUAAUCUUGGCCAAUGGAUAUUAUCCUCAGUGCAUCUGAUGGAUCAUAUAAUCAUGCCUCAGCAAUGUGAAAUUGGUUCCAUCCAGCAAACUACAAGAAUUUUGCCUGAGGGGAUUGUUGAGGUGCCUGAGCUUAGAUGAUUAUCACAUGUUAAUUUCUAUGGCUUCUUUAGAUGGUGAAUGGUAUUUUAGAGGGCUGGUUGUUUGUAUUUGUUGAGCUUCUGGUAUGAUCUCCAGGAGAUGGCACUGCAGAAGAGAUUAGAGUAUGGAUUUAAUGGUUAUCAGGUGCCUCCCAUUCCUCAAACUACUAGAUCAGCAAGGAGGAGGGAUUUGUAUUCAUUUGACGCAUUGGCUACUGCAGCUGGCCUGUUUUCAUUGGCUGAAGAAUGUGAUCCUACAGAUAAUAAAUUACCUGGAAGAGACCUGAGCUCAAAUUUGAAAGAUCCAAUUAAGAAAGAGCAGCAAGAUGAAGAAGUUCCUUUAAAAGGAGAAACUUUUGACCAAGGAAGCCCCAAUAGGAGCUUUUCUUUUUCUGAGCAUGGCCAUCAAUCUCCUGUUCUAAAUAAUAGUUUAAAGGAACCAUCAUGUGUUUGUUAUGAUGAUUGCUUGGAACAUGCAUCUGGUAAAAAAACUACUCUGUCAGAUAAGGUUGGUUCAGAUAUAUCAGAUAUAAAAUUGGUUGAUGCCAAAAACAAGUUUCAACACGGAAGCUUUGCCAACAAAGUAGUUGCGGCUUCCUGUGGGCAUGUGGAAUCUUUUGAUUGUACAUUAGAGGGUGAAAGUAAGGGACAGAUAAAAAUAGGUCCACCAAAGAUAGAAAGUGUAUCAAAUAAUAGCAGUGCUGAUUUCUGUUGUUUCUGUGAUCUGGUAGUUAGGGAUGGGAAAUCUCCUCCUUUUGUUAGUGUAGAGAAUACCCCUAAGUUGCUCUCAUGUCCUGAUCAAAGUCCUAGUGCAAAUCAGGAAGAUGUAAAGUUAGUUUUUAGAGAUGAUGAUCAAAAUUUUUCCAGAUGCAUUAAACCUAGCAUCACAUCAGAGGCUUUCAGGCCUUCACCAUGUAUUGGCAAUCAAAGAAUAGGGAAAUCAUUGGCAUCAGAAUAUUGGAAAGUAACUCCAAAUUUGGAGGAUAAGGAAUGUCCUAAUGCUGAUUCAGUAAUAAAGCCUGUCAACCACAACUGGGAAAUUUGUUGCAAAGGGAAAAAGUCUCAAAGGGAUUAUCCUUUCAAAAAGAGGAAAUUUCGCAAUUUCUGCUCAGCAUCAAAUUCGCAUGGUGGGGUUGGUACUGAAGGAAUAGCUAGUACACCUGAUAAGGUGUUCGGUUCUGGUGCUACUCCCUUGGCUUCAAGAGAGCAUGGAGUGCCUCGGACAUCAGCUGGUGAGGCAGGUAAAAGUACACCCUUUAGCUCCAGUGAUUCCCAAUUGAAGCUUAGGAUCAAGUCCUUCAAGGUUCCAGAUCUUUUUAUUGAGAUUUCAGAGUCGGCAACAGUCGGUUCAUUAAAGAGAACAGUUAUGGAAGCAGUGACUUCCAUAUUAGGGGGUGGACUGAGAGUUGGUGUACUUCUUCAGGGUAAGAAGAUUAGAGAUGACAACAAAACUUUAUUGCAGACUGGAAUAUCUCAUGAUAGCAAGCUUGAUGCUCUUGGUUUCUCUUUGGAACCUAAUGCUUCCCAAGCUACUGGGCCUGUGAAUCAUGAAAAUCGGCCCUUUCUACUCAACUGUGGCAGUGGCACACCUCAGGCACUAAAAAGGUACACACCUGCAUCUAGCGGAGUAAAAAGUGCAGUUCGAAAGAGAACCUCUGAUUCCCUGUCAGAUCUUCCCUUGGCAAAUUUAAGCAACAUUCUUGAAAGUGAUCAUGAUUUGAUGCCCUCUCCUCCUGAUUUGUCAAUAGACAAAAACCCAGCAAAUUCCCAAGCGUUGUUCACUGUUCCAACAAUCAAAGCUGAGGCACUGGCUGUGGUUCCUGUGAUGAAAAUCAAGUCUGAAGCCGUGCAGCGUCGGGUUCGUCGACCUUUCUCAGUUUCUGAAGUGGAGGCAUUGGUUCAAGCUGUUGAGAAGCUUGGAACAGGAAGAUGGCGUGACGUCAAACUGCGAGCUUUUGAUAAUGUGAACCAUCGAACUUAUGUGGAUCUGAAGGAUAAGUGGAAAACACUGGUGCACACGGCAAGAAUAUCGCCCCAGCAAAGGAGGGGCGAGCCUGUGCCGCAGGAGCUCUUGGACCGCGUCCUGGCAGCCCAUGCUUACUGGUCCCAGCAACAACCAAAGCAGCACCUGAAACAGCUGCCGGAGUCUCUCCAUCUUCUCUGAGUACUACUACUACUUCCAUCAACUCGGAGCUCGUGGCAUGCAUUUUCUAAACAGAGGCGGUCUCCUCCCGUUCAAAUGCGUUCUCUUCUUGGCAUUCUUUUUACGUGAAAAGAGGUGUGUAUAUGUACAUAUCUAAUUAAACAGUUUUUGUAGCUUAUAGAAUAUUGGGGCUCGUAAAUUAUUAGCAGAACGAGAGAGUGCCGGUGGAACUGUUGUUUGAUGCCGGUAGUCUCUUGUUCAUACAACUCAUUUGGGACUUUUGGUUUUUCUUUCUGGGUAGCAAUUCUGUUGCUGGCAUCAUAUAUAGUUUGAAAUUCAUUUGUUGUAUUUAUAGAAUAAGGUUACAGUUUGUAGUUUAGCAUUUGACAUUAUGUUAUAUUCAUGUUUCAAAUUAAUGUACGUCUUAGACGAGAGGAGUAGCCUGGCCUUUUGCUAUUGCUAGUUUAGGCUUUAGAACUGCGAAGACGACGGUGGAGGUAAGACAUGUUAAAUUUAUUGGGUAGUCCAGCCUAGUCUAAUUUAGCAAGUGGACGUGGCCCUAAAGAUGCUAGGCCCACAAGAUUUGGGCCUAGCCUGACCCAGUCUACCCGUACGAAGCCCUCUCUCUCAACAGCAGGGCCCAAUCCAGACCAAUCUAACCUACAUAUUGUAAUUAUUAUUAUUAUUAUUAUAAUUAUAUUUAUU